UAGAGGUUUUGCAGACUGCCAUUGCCACCUCAGCUCUGAAAGAUGGAUUUAACCGCCACCAUGUCGAGCAAAAGAGCAAAGACCAAGACCACCAAGAAGCGCCCCCAACGCGCAACCUCCAAUGUGUUUGCCAUGUUUGACCAGUCACAGAUUCAGGAGUUCAAGGAGGCCUUCAACAUGAUCGAUCAGAACAGAGAUGGUUUCAUCGACAAGGAAGACUUGCAUGAUAUGCUUGCCUCCCUGGGGAAAAAUCCAACUGAUGAGUAUCUGGAUGCCAUGAUGAAUGAGGCUCCAGGUCCCAUAAAUUUUACCAUGUUUCUCACGAUGUUUGGUGAAAAGUUAAAUGGCACCGAUCCAGAAGAUGUCAUCAGAAACGCUUUUGCUUGCUUUGAUGAAGAAGCAACUGGCACCAUUCAGGAGGAUUACCUGCGAGAGCUGCUGACCACAAUGGGAGAUCGGUUUACAGAUGAGGAAGUGGACGAGCUGUACAGAGAAGCACCUAUUGACAAAAAGGGGAAUUUCAAUUACAUUGAGUUCACGCGCAUCCUUAAACAUGGAGCAAAAGACAAAGAUGACUGAAAAGAACUUCAAAUUCCAGCCAAACUUUCCUUGUUGCUACUUUGGGUAUUUCUGAGACUUUCUCUUAGAGCCUAUUGCAUGCCCUUAGCUUUACAGCUUUUGCCUUUCUUGUUGUAUUUAUUCUAAACCAUUUGGGGCACAUGCAUCUCUAUAAUCAAACUGGAAAUGGGACUUUUUAUCAUUUUCAGAAUAGAAAAUAGGGUAGUUUAACUUACCUCUAUCUUCCCCUCCCCCAAUAACUGCAGUCUACAAAGAGUUGAUAUAUUUUUUCAGAGAAAGUUAUUCACUCAAUUUUUUCUGAACCAUAAUUAAACUUUAUGAUAGAA